AUGUUCCGCACUCCGCUGCUGUGUCUGCUCUCUGCACUCCUCUGGGCACAAGAAAUCAUACCAAUGGUCAGCGCUGAGUCGAUUCAAUGCGGCAAUCCUUCUUCAUUCUCCAAACCGCGCGUCUUCAUCCUCUCCGACAUCCUGAACGAGCCAGAUGACUCCAUGUCAUUGGUUCGCCUGCUUGUGUAUUCAAACCAAAUUGACAUUCGCGGGCUUUGCGCGACAACAUCGUUCUUUUUGAGGAAUACUACCCAUCCCGAAGAGAUGAAGAAGAUCGUCAACGCGUACGGCAUGGUUGUUGGCAACCUCAAUCAACAUGUCUCUGCGGAUUUUCAGUUCAAGAGCUCCGACGAGCUAUUAUCCCUCGUCAAAUCCGGGCCCACGGUUUACGGAAUGGAGGCUUUGAAUUCUACACUCAGCGAAGGCGCAUAA